CGGACCCUGACUUAUAAAUACUGAAGCUCGCCGAGAGUUGCGGCAGCGGUAUUGUUUGUUGCUGUUGAGUAGGAAGGAAGUAGUGUUUUUCAGAAAAUGCCGGAGCCUGCGAAAUCAGCGCCUGCGGCCAAGAAGGGGUCGAAGAAGGCCAUCACCAAGACCCAGAAGAAGGGGGACAAGAAGCGCAAGAAGAGCAGGAAGGAGAGCUACUCCAUCUACGUCUACAAGGUGCUGAAGCAGGUCCACCCCGACACCGGCAUCUCCUCCAAGGCCAUGAGCAUCAUGAACUCCUUCGUCAACGACAUCUUCGAGCGCAUCGCCGCCGAGGCCUCCCGCCUGGCCCACUACAACAAGCGCUCCACCAUCACUUCCCGGGAGAUCCAGACGGCCGUGCGCCUCUUGCUGCCGGGAGAGUUGGCCAAGCACGCUGUGUCUGAAGGCACCAAGGCGGUCACCAAGUACACCAGCUCCAAGUAAAUUUCUCCCCGAGAAGACAGUUCAAAACCCAAAGGCUCUUUUAAGAGCCACC